ACCUCUCUCUAAAGCCAUUAACCAAUGGAAUAUUUACAUAAUAUUGAUACAUCAAAACAAUAAAACACUAACUAACCGUACAUUCCUUCCGGUAAGACAACACGACAACGUGACGGAAUCGUAGAGAUAAUUUGUAAAUAUUUCGUGUGGUGGCCUGGAUAUCGAAUUGUCCCAAAGGUUGGGCGAGGACACGGAUGUCUCCUUGGGCAAACGGGCGCGUCUUACUGUUGAAUAAGGCGGCCAUCGUAAUCAUAUGAGGGGAAUCCUAAUAACCUAGUCAAAUGUGUAUUUCGCAGUGAAGAUAUAUCAACAAUGGGGAUGUAAAUAAUUUCUCUUUGUGAAUUAAUGUCAUAGGCUGUUCGUAAAUGUCGUAAAGGAGCUAAAACUGAGUAAUUCUAAAACGUGACGAAGAAAAAGUUGAUUAGGAACAAUUGGAAUCUUAACGUUGAUGAAGCAGAUUUCAUGGGUAAAUUGUAGGUUUUGUGUUUUAACUUAGCUGUGCUCAUCUGAAUGAGUAAGGGAAAUUUUCGCAUUUCGUCAAAUUAUCUCAAGUCUGACUUGAUAAUCAUCACAAAUAAGGAGUUGUGUCCAGGUGAGUAUUACUACAGAGAUAAUGAAGAAUAAAGAGGAUAUCUGGAUGGAUUCGAUGUUCGGGAAUACUAUAAAGUCGAGGAUGUCUACCUCACAUCCGGACUUCGGAAAUUUCCCAACGGGAUACUACAGUACCCAUCCCGGGGCCGUUAUUUACGGAGCGCGCAGCCUUAAAUUUCUCCAUUACAAGGACGUUCGCCGAGACAGACGCAGGGCCGUGACCUUCAUUUUGCUACUUGCUGCGUUCUUCAUUUCCUUCUGUGUUGCCAUCAUCGUCUUCUUCGUUGUCAUGAACGGUAAUAAAAAGGCAACGUACGAUUAUCACGUUGCCAAUGUAUCCAUGCCCCUGUGGAAUACGACUUGGGACGACGACAUGGAAAUUGUCACAUCCGACAGAUUCAUAGAUAUCGCUCUUCCUUUUUGUGAUGAGAUAGACGGCUACUUUGAAGAGGGACCGUAUUCCAGCCAAUACAAGGGAUGUACUGUGAAGAAUUUGACGCAGUACAACACGGCCGAUUGUCAAUGCUCAGGAAUACUGGGGGAUACAUUGAAGCCGGUCGUGCUGUUGACCUUUGACCUGUUAUUUGUGAAUACCCUGACUGAGGAUGAAAUUAUGUCGUCCAUUUUGGAUCAAACACGUGCUAAAUACGUGCAUGGCUAUCGUCUUCUGUUCGUGGGCGACUUCCUCAUCGACAUAACAGGCUACAGCGUGAUCACCCCCAGCCCACUUGAACCAGGGGUCGUCGAGGGCACUUACGUUCACGCAAGAUAUGGACUGUAUUCCUUCAACUACACGACUGAUCUACAGGAAGUGAGAUCACCAAGGUUUGAAGGACUCCAGAUGAGCUUCUGUGAAAAUUUGAAAAAGUUUUUGGAAUUUUCCAUCAUAUCUGAGAAUCAUGACGAGUGUGGUAUAUUGACAUUCAGGCAAUACCCGCUUGAAAUUGAUUUUUACCUGACGUUUGCACUCCCCAGAGGAAGUUACAUCACGAAUAACAUCACUUGGGUUCUCGCGAAUAUCGCCCCAGGCACGACUGUGAAUGGCCUCGACCUAGCUUACGUUGGGGACCUGACCCUGAUUUUAAGUCCGUCUGUUAUAACACUUUCUAAAAUCAACUUCACUGUGGUAACCACAACACUGUCCACAGUACAAUCUUUAUCCACAACAACUACAACAACAACAACAACAACACCGGCACCCCCAACACCAACACCGGCACCACCAACACCAACCCCAACUCCGCCAACAACAACACAAACCCCGAAACCGCCAACAACAACACAAACCCCGAAACUGCCAACAACAACACAAACCCCGAAACCGCCAACAACACCUACAACAGCAACUACAAUCCCAACAACGAAGCCGCCGCCGCCGACGACGACGACGACGCCGCUGCCGCCGACGACGACGACGCCGCCGCCGACGACGACGAAGAAACCAACAACAAUAACAACAGCAACAACCCAGUCUCAAACGUCUACCCCUACUACUUCGAAAGCACCUGUGACGUGUAAUGACCAGCCAUGCGAGAACAGUGGUUUCUGCCGUGUACUUGAGCUCGGCGGCUUCUUUUGUCAAUGUCCUGGCGGAUACACAGGAACACGCUGUGAGACAGACGUGAAUGAAUGUGCGAUGUCACCUUGUAAGAAUGGCGGAUCAUGUAAGAACAAUCCUGGGUCAUAUACAUGUGACUGUGUUGGCAGGUGGACGGGACAAAACUGUGCCGACAGUCUGGGUGAAUGUGACAGCAGUCCAUGCAGAAACAAUGGAACGUGUGUGGCCACCCCUGGGGGAUAUUUCUGUGUAUGUCCGACUGGGUGGACUGGAACACAAUGCUUAGACGACAUUGACGAGUGUACGGGGGUAAGCUGCACUAACGGCGGCAGCUGUGUGAACACGGACGGAUCAUUUCACUGUCAGUGUACCAGUGGAUGGACUGGGCUUCUCUGUUCCACACGUAUCGACGAGUGCACUAAUAGCCCAUGCGCUAACGGAGGCAUGUGUUUCAAUGGACCAAACACAUAUUUCUGCACGUGUUCUGCAGGGUGGACCGGUUUCAACUGUGAUGUUGAUAUUAACGAAUGUGAUGUACAGAUUGAGCCAUGCUACAAUGGCGCCUCUUGUCAUAACGUUGACGGAUCCUACACAUGUGAAUGUACAGUUGGCUGGAAAGGAACAUACUGUGAAAUAAAUGUCAACGAAUGCCAAACAGGAGUUUGUGACCACGCGGCCUCGUGCGUGGACAGUGCAGGGUCCUACACGUGUAUUUGUACGUCGGGUUGGACUGGACAGAACUGCUCGGAUGAUAUCAACGAAUGCAGCCUCGGUAUGACGAUGUGUCUGUUUGGAGGCACGUGCGUGAAUCAAGAUGGCGGCUACAAGUGUGUAUGUCCUCCGGGGCGUACUGGACUUGUGUGCAGCGAGGAUGAGGACGAGUGUGCUUUGGGUAUAGAUAACUGUAUGUCCGGAAGCACGUGCAUAAACAACAAAGGUUCCUACACGUGCCGCUGUCCUCCUGGAAUCACAGGACAGUUCUGUACAGAGGAUAUUGACGAGUGCCUCCAGUUCCCUUGCCAAAACGACGGCACAUGCAAUGACAUCCUGGGAUCUUACACGUGCACGUGCUCGGCCGCAUGGACAGGCCAUGAUUGUGAUCAAGUGAUCAACGAGUGUAGUUCUGGUCCUUGCAAAAACGGGGCAACUUGUGUGACCGAACCGGGGACCUACCGGUGUGUGUGCGAGACAGGAUGGAUGGGAACUAACUGUGAUAUAGAUACUAAUGAGUGCAGUACUUCCCCUUGUCUGAACGGUGGUACUUGUACUAACCAAGACGGUUCCUAUGACUGCACAUGUCUACCGCAGAAUUCUGGGCGUCAUUGUGAGGAAACCAUAUAUGCCUGUAUUUCGAAUCCAUGUGCGAAUGAAGCCACGUGCCUCGAUGCUUCCUCUGGUGAUUUCACGUGCAUUUGUAAUCCUGGAUGGUCCGGUGCUACGUGUAACCAAAAUGACGAUGAAUGUUUGACAUCACCCUGUCAAAAUGGAGCCGACUGCAUGGACACUCCGGGUUCCUUCUAUUGCCAAUGUCCAACUGGAUUUACCGGACAGUUCUGUGGAGAAGACAUCAAGGAGUGCGCUGCCGACCCCUGCUUUAACGGAGGAGUGUGUGUGGAUACCCCUGGGUCAUUCUACUGUGACUGUCCCCCUGGGUGGCAGGGUGAUUUGUGCUCGUCAGAUGUGAAUGAAUGCAACACAUUGCCAUGUAACAACAACGGGGACUGUAUCAACGUACCGGGGUCAUACGUCUGUGUGUGCGCCAGCGGCUGGACUGGCCAGGACUGCUCAACCGACAUUAACGAGUGUGAUACCCAGCCGUGUGGUCCCGGAAGCUGUCAGAACAUUGACGGGUCAUUUACCUGUAAUUGUCCAGUGGGAAGAACCGGACCGACCUGUGACCAAGUGUUGCGGACGACAUUUGUAUUUUACUUGUCGGUAUUGAACAGGACUUUUACCACAGACCUGUCAAACAAUUCAUCACAAGAAUUUAUAUCGCUCUCCACGUCAUUCUGCAACGAGGUGAAAACCAUACUCGAGAGUAGUCAGCAUCAGCAGCAAUUUGCACAUUUUUAUGGCUGUAACGUUGCUAACUUCAGGGACAACCCUUUCAUCAUGAAUGUUGAGCUUACCUUCAACGGUAAUGAGACUAUUUCAACACUUAAAGCUGCUCGUGUCCAAUUACUCAACAAAAAACCAGCGCUAUACUCGGGCAGAUUCGGAGUGACCUUAGGUGAUGUGGUGGUGGAGGUCCAGAACUAUAACGCCACCAGGAAAACUUGGAACGCCCAUCUGGUAAACCUGAUGUUUACCCCUGACCUCUUGAAUCCAGCAUCAGUCAGCUACAGAACGGUUGACAACAGCCUAAGUUCGGAUGUAGGCUAUCUGAUGCGGAGUGCUUCGCCAUUUGAACAGAACUACGUUGGAUGUAUCGUAGAAAAUAUUCAAAAUGCUACAAGUAUAACCAACUCGUCAAUGGCUACUCUGGCGAUAUACAUGGAUAGUGCAUUCAAUAUGGCAAACCUGCAAGACGGUAUAUCAGACUUCCUGUCCAACAAGCGCCCCCUGGUGAGGUACGGUGACUACAUGGGACAUAAUCUAGGAGAAUAUAUUGUAUACUUCUCUGAUUAUACGGGCUAUGUUGACGUUCCUCUCACGCUAGAAAUCCUCGACCACAUGUGGUUAACAGACCUUGCCGAUCCACAGACUCAAGCUUACAAACAACUGGCUACACCACUGUGUAAAGCGGUUGCAAAUUUGAUAUCAGCUAACAGUACUUUGUCUGCCGACUUUCAAAAGUGCAUGGACGUCCGAUUUAGUGAGGUGCCACUAGUUGUGAACCUAACACUGAGGUUUGAUUCGGCCAACAUGACUUAUGACGUCAAGAGUUUGGAUUUCUACACGUAUAUCAAGGACGCCACUCCACAGCAGAUCUACUUUAACUACUACAGUCACACCUUGGGACCGUUACUCGUAUUUCAUCCAUCAUGGGGAAUGAUUGCCUACGAUGCUGUCCUGUUUGAUACUGAAUUUGAAUUUUAUGACCUAAAAUAUAUCCCGGAUCACAGUGACCCAAAUUCUACUGUGUUUAAGGAUUUCCAGCUUCUGUUCUGUAAAGACAUUGACGCAUUUAUAUCAGCUACGGUGUUGAAGGAUCGUUACUACGGUUGUUUGGUACACCCUAUCGGCGAUACGGAUCCCCACAAUCUAACCCUCAGGAUAGUUUUCAACGGAACAGAUGACGUCACACAGCAGGACAUCAUAACUGCCAUUGCCAACGGAGCUCCCACUAGUACAUUUAGCAACAGGGUGAUCUGGGAGAUCGGAAAGGAGCUGGUGUACCUAGCUGACGAAUCGAUGGGCCAACCAAUCAACAUGUCCGGCUACACCACACCGGCUCCUUUGGACAUAGUUUUCACCGAGUACGUGGUCACAUUCCAAGCUCUCAAUAUAACGUACAUCCCAGCACUAGCCGAUAGAACAUCGAUAGAAUUCUCUUCCCUUGCCGUACCACUUCGAGACGAGCUAGUCGCCUUGUAUAGGGGCAAACAAGAAAUGGAAGAUUACAUUACUUCUGAAGUCCUUAGUUUCCGGGAAAAUCCGGACGAGGUUGACGUGACACUAAUCUUUGAUGGACGGCAGAUUUCUACCUUAGGGACAAAUAUACAUGAUGUUCUAUUGGAAUACGCAAGACGCGCCUCAACCAGUAGUGGCCAGCCGGCGUUGAUGAUUGGCACCCUCCUGUUUGACCAGAACGAAAUCACAAUACGCCGGUCCAUCACUUCAAGCACCAACACAACCUCGCCGGCAACAACUAGGCCGACUACUACAGCAGCUACAACGCCAACUACCACUACACCGGCAUCAACAUCUCCUGCUGCACCAUGUGAAGGAGUCCUGUCGUUUGGCGAGGUGUCUAUUCCAGUUCCAAACCAUUGCCGCAAAUAUUUCGUAUGUUUCUUGGACUCAGCUAUUGACGCGGAGUGCCCGGUUGGCGAAGCAUUUGACCCCAACGUUCCCGGUUUCUGUGCCGCCGACUCCAGCUGUGUAGAUUGAUGUGUAUCGGGAUAGUAUGAAUAACUGUGUAUUGCAUUGUGAUUAUUGAUUGUCUAUUCCUGCACGAUCCUGUAUGUAUAUUUAAUAGUGUAUUACUUUAAAGUCACCUACAGAAAAUCAUUAUAAUUUUCGCGAGAGACUAAUUUUCUUGUCCAUUCUGUGUAGACUAAUCGAGACAGUGCGAAAAACAGUAUAUUGCAUUGUGAUCAUUGAUUGUAUAUUCCUGCAAAAUCAUUUGUAUGUUUCAUAGUCUAUUACUUGAAUGAUACCUACUGGAAAUAAUUUUCUUUUCGCGAGAGACAAAUUUUCCUGUUAAUUUCAUGUAGACCGAUUUUUUUCUCUAGACAGUGCGAAUAAUAGUUCAUUGCAUUCUAAUUGAUGGUUGCCUUUGAAAUCACUCACUGGAAGUUAUUUCAUGUUGGAGAGAUACUAAUUUUCCUGUUAAUUUUGCGUAGACUGAUGUUUUUCAAGACAGAGUUAAUUAUAGUAUAUUGCUUUCUGAUUGUUGGUUGUCUAGUCCUGUAAAAUCAUUUGUAUUUAAUUCAUACACUGUAGAUUAUUAAUACAAAAUCACUUACUGAAAAUCAUAUUAUUUUCGCGAUAAACUACUAGUCAUGUUCCUGUAAACCCGUAAGUAAGAACUUGUGUUCCGAAUUGAAAUAUUCUGCGAACAUUUGUUUAUAGUCAAUUUGAUAAUGUACAUGCUAUUACAUUAUUAGAUUACUUUCAAUAUUGAAACAGAAUCCUUUCGAUUCCGAUGUUAAAUAUGCGUGAAUAAAUUAAACAGACGUAGUUCGUGAGAAAAUGCUCAAGCAAUAUUAAAAUGCUUUACAGUAAUAUCACAAACUCAAUUUUCGUACUUAACCAUUGAAAUGUCUUCUGUUUCGUUUUAUGUGUAUUUUUGUCAUCUAUUUCGUUUCCUUUUUAGAUGUAAUUGCAGCACAACCACGUAUGUUUCAGAGGGAAUAUUUUAGCUAAUCGUUACAUAUGUAACACAUUUUUCAUAUUGCACGAGGGUCUCAUUUUCAUGGUUUGUUGCUGCAGUAAAUUCAAUGAUACUCUGUAAGAGGUCCAUUUGCUGUUGUGUUCUGCUAUAGAUUUUUAUAUUUUUUUAUAGAUAAAAUCUCUUUUAUAAUUUGCGUAAUUAACUUGACUUAUUUCUCACUUAAGUAAAUUCUACGCUCCAAUAUAUAUUUUUAGUGGAGUAAUUUGAUGAUUUAUAUCAAGUAACCAUAGUUUGUAGACUUUUGUUCGUGCCGGGAGGGACGCUUAUAACAGAUUAAACUCAAUGCAGCUAUAAGUGCAAUUGCUCUUCAUGAAACUAAAGUCAUUUAUAGAGGACAUAUUGUAAAUAAGAAAACAAAGUUUGACGCGUGUUUUAUAAUUAUAUUCUUAAUAUUUGUUUAAAAGGUUGAGUUGCCGUCAAUUCAUCACGCAUGCGUGUUGAUAAAUCUGCUUCUGUUUCGCGUGAUGGACGUGUACAGUUACCAUUUUAUAACAGUACUACAGUAAUACUUCGUUAUAAGUUGAUGGUACAUGUACUUGUAACGCUGUAUAAUUUCUAUUUCUGGAUAUAGCUAUGGCAGUUACGUAUCGCGGACUUCGCUAUAGUAAUCCAUUUGCUGACGUCAUAAAUGAUGACGUCACAAAACUCUUUUGAAAGAUAUAAAAAAUACUCAAAAAGAGAUGAAAGUACUACAGACGAAUUGUUGGGAAUUCGUUUAUUUUCAAUUACGUUUAUGUAUUGCUAACAUAGAACAGAUUAGGUCGUCGAUUUUAUCGGAUUGUGUAAUGUAUAGCAUAAUGGAGACGGAAGCAAAUGGGUCCAUAGCCUUUUGCUGAUACAAAGAGGUCUGUGAUUCCAAUACUUUUAUCCCAUUCAGUGUCCUGAAAGACAUCCCCUGUGUGACCUAGAACGUAGAGAGUACGAUAAGGAGUUGCUUAUCUUUGUUUUCUUGUUUCUAUUCUCAUUUUUAGAUAUGAAAAUGUAUAAUUGUAUAUGUCUUGUCUUAAAGUAUAACUAUUUUAUAUGUUGAAUGCAGUUUGUAUAUGUAUGUAAUGUAAACAUUUGCAAAAAGAUUUUUUCCAAUAAAAUUGUAU